AAUGAUGAGGUGGUCCUGCAGUGCAUCUUUAUGUCCCAGCUAGAGCAUCUGAAGCUGUGUCUGGCUGCAGAGGGCUUUGGUUGCAGAUUCUGCUGUCUGGAGUCCACCUCCAGUUGCAAGGUAAAGCUUCAUCCCACAGCAUGAUCUUUGGAAUCAGAGGAUGCCAGAUCAGAGGAUUGAUAAGAGACUGAUUAAUCUGAAAUGUGUGCACUGUGUUCCCCAGAAUGUUUCUCCAGACUUGUCGGUGUGUGCCUUUGUGCUGGCCCAGUGUCUGUCUGUCAGAGCUCUGCAGGAGAUGCUGGCUAACAGAGAGAACCAAGCAGCAGGGUUGAGCUAACAGCUUGGGUCUCAUUCCAAUAUGAUAUGCUGCCUCACUAUAAUGGACUUAGAUGAAGUCAUGGUUUUGUUAGAAUAAAGAUCCCUAGUUAUGUUGUGUUGUGCAGGCUGGACAGGGAGGUGGUCAUCGCACCCUCCUCUACGGUCAAGUUGCACUUCUCCUACACUCCUACAACAGGAUGGUGAGUGUUCUCAAUCAAUCACAGUGUCUCUCUCAAUAACUAAGACUUGUCAUUUGGUUGUAUCAAUCUCAUUAGGGCAGUCAUUUGAUUGAUUAUGCCAUUUAUUCCUGUCAUAAGGGGUUGUUCAAUGUUUAAAUGGAUAUUCCUAUGUUUUCUUCUCCUUCUUCAGUAUCUUUGUUUGUCCACAACCCAGUCUUCGACAGAUAAGAUAGCAUUUGAUGUUGGCCUGCAGGAUGAUAAAACAGGUAUUUUGCAUCAUUUUAAAGAUGUGUUCAAAUGCUCGAUGGAACAUCAGAAAGUUUUGCUGAUGUUUAGAUAUUAGUUUUGAUGAUGUUUAUAUAUAAUUUCUGUAGGCGUAUGAGUAGUAUGUCCUCUGUGCUGGCAAUCAACCAAAUUACCUGUGACCAGGUGAGGCAUGCUGGUGGACUAUUCACCCUGCCUCCAAGCAGAGGUCAAAGGGGGAGAAGGUCCGUGUCGGGGACGACCUCAUAAUGGUCAGUGUGACAUCUGAGAGAUACCUGGUGAGUGAUCAGAGAAGUACAUGAAGAGAUACAGUGACAUGACAUGCAAGGCAGACAACGAAGGUAACCUUCGAAGAGGAGAGAAGUAGUUAGCGUGAUAAUAUUAGAAUAAGCUUCAAUAGUGUCUGAUAUAGACCCCACAAUAAUAACAGCCACUAUAUGGAUGGUUUAUUUAAAAACAGUUUCCAUUAUGUGAAAUCCUUUUUAUCCUGAUAAUCUGUCUCUUUAUCCUCCAUCACUGUCAUGAUCUUGUUAAGGCUCUUGUCUUGGUUGUUUUUAUGCAUAAUUUGUCCUAUUGUCCUAGUUUUAUUGUGGACGCAGCCUUCCAGCAGACCCUCUGGAGUGUCACCUCCAUCUUCUCCGGGAGUGGAGUUGCUCAAGGCAG